CAAUUUCUCGUUACUGAAUGGGCUGAAUAUGGAACACUGCGUGAAUAUUAUGAAAUGAAAAACCCUGAUAUCACUAUCAGAGCGAGACUUGCUUUGGAAAUUGCACGUGGAUUAAAUUACCUUAACGCGUAUAAAAUAUUUCAUCAUGAUGUUCGAAGUGAAAAUGUAUUAGUUGAUUAUCUCGAACAUGCAAAAAUUACAAAUUUCGAAUGGAGUCGUGAUUUCAAAGAAUCUUCCUUCAUGGAGAUCAUUCGAUACAUGGCUCCUGAAAAGAUUAAAGAUAACAAAACGCGAUAUAAUUCAAAAUGCGAAGUAUUCAG